AUGCCAAAGACAAAAACUGGAAAAUUUGCAGUGGGUUUCACGGCAGUGGGUUUUCUAUUUGUGCUAAUAGCUUUCGUAUCACCAUACUGGUUGCAGGCUGAUAAAAAAAUAAGAAAUCCGAAAUUUCAGAAGAUAGGUUUAUGGGAGGUUUGCUUUAAAGACUUUGAAGAUAUACAUCAUUGGUACGACACUAGGUUUACAGGAUGUUGGUGGGUCUUCGAAGAAGAAUUUUACAUAAUAGGUGAUUUCCUAUUGCCCGGAUUUUUUGUAGCGACUCAAUUCUUCUUUACAGUAUGUAUGACAUUGCUUCUAAUCGCAGUAGCGUUAGUUGCCUUGUUUUGCAUAUGCAGCAGGCAUCAUGAUAGAUAUUUGCUGCUUUUACUGACCGUAGGAACAGAUCUAAUUAUAGCAGGCAUAUCUGGUUUAAUAGCAGUGAUAAUUUUUGGAAUUCGCGGCGAUGGCAGGGACUGGAUGCCCAACUGGGAGCAUAACGAUAUGGGCUGGGCAUAUGCUUUGGCUGUUUUGGGUUCUAUAGCUUUAUUACCAGCCGGUACAUUGUUCCUGGUUGAGGCGCGGCGCACUCGUUACAGGCGACUAAACGAACUCCAAGCUAGAGAAGGAUCAGUUUCUUCUGGUUAUGGAAUGCAAGAAAGAAAAUCAAGCCAUCAUACAGACAUUUAAUUAGACAUUGAAUAACUAAUAAACGAAUUUAAUCAGAUUAAAAAUAAGCGAAAUUCAGGGAUUCUCUUUAAAGUUCAGUUUAGCCAGGAGAUCGAAAAUUUCGAUUUAUUAAGAAAGCACAAGGCUUUCAACGCGUCGAUACAAAUUCAUAUUGACUAUGAAUUUAUACUAUUU